CUUUUCAACUCAAUACGAUAAAAAUAUGAAUGAAGGGCAAAAUCAUUGUCGAGAAUAAAUAGACCGCCUCACUGACAUACGAAAUAUCUCCUCUCACACAAUUGUGUAUCCGAGGGUUAGGAAAAGGAAACUCCCAACAUCUAUUUUCUUUUCUCCUCCUAUUCGCGCUCUCCACAACUCUCCAUCUAGGGUUUCCUUUCCCUAAAUCAAACAAUAUGCAUCAACCAUCCGCCGGCGUUGUUCCGCCUCCCAUGCCCCCCCAACUCGAUCCAACUCAGCAACAACCACUGUCUCAAUACGGCCAGCCACCGCAGCAGCAGCCAUGGAUGAUGAUGGCUCCACCUCCUCAACAGCCUCAACAACCAUCUUAUCCGCCUCAGAUGUGGCCUCCUCAACAACAGUCGGGUAUGCCUCCUCCUCAGCUUCCACAGGCUCCGCCUCAGCAGUAUUCCAUGUCUUCUGCUGCCAAUCCUGAUGAGAUUCGUUCGCUUUGGAUCGGUGAUUUACAGUAUUGGAUGGAUGAAACUUAUAUUCAUAGUUGUUUUGCUGCUUCAGGAGAGGUUGUAAAUGUGAAGGUUAUCCGAAAUAAGCAAACCAGUCUUUCAGAAGGUUAUGGUUUUAUAGAAUUUGUUAACCGAGCUGCAGCUGAAAGGGUUCUAACUACGUACAAUGGUACAUUGAUGCCACAAACUGAACAGGCCUUCAGACUGAAUUGGGCAACACUUGGUGCUGGUCAGAGGCGCCAAGAUGAUGCUUCCGAUUACACAGUUUUUGUUGGAGAUCUAGCAGCAGAUGUUACUGAUGUUAUGCUUCAAGAUGCAUUCCAUACUCAUUAUUCGUCUGUUAAGGGUGCAAAGGUUAUUACUGAUCAUAUUACAGGGCGUUCUAAAGGGUAUGGAUUUGUGAUGUUUGCCGACGAGAGUGACCAACAACGUGCGAUGACUGAAAUGAAUGGAGUUGUCUUGUCAACCAGGCCAAUGAGGAUUGGCGCAGCUGCCAAUAAAAAAUCUGCCAAUGUUCAGCAGAAUGAGUCUUAUCAGAAUGCACAGGGAAAUCCAGGCGCAAAUGAUCCCAAUAACACUACUAUAUUUGUUGGUGGUUUGGACCCCAAUGUUACUGAUGAUCAGUUAAGACAAGUGUUCAGCUCAUAUGGUGAAUUGGUUCAUGUGAAAAUACCAGUAGGCAAGGGUUGUGGUUUUGUGCAGUUUGCAAGCAGAGCUGCAGCUGAGCAAGCAUUGGCAGCAUUGAAUGGAGCCACAAUAGGUUCACAAAAUGUAAGGCUUUCUUGGGGCCGUAGUCCGUCAAGUAAACAGGCACAACCUAGUCAGGCUCAGUGGAAUGGAGCAUAUUACGGAUAUCCUCAGGGAUACGAUGCCUAUGGAUAUGCAGCAGCUCCUCAGGAUCCUAACAUGUAUUAUGCAAAUUAUGCGGCUGGAUAUGGAAAUUACCAACAAACACAGCAGUGAUUUCUUUUCUUGAUGUGGUGUGCGGUUAAGGAAGUCGAUGAUUAACAAUACAAUUUCAAGAGAUUUGGUAGAUGAAUUUUGGUGGGAUCAUAUAUUGUAGCUUCUCUUGUCCCUUUUUUAAAUGUUCUACUUGAUCUAUGCAGGGUAUUCGUUCUAUUCCGGUCCUCUAAACCUUUCAAGCUUUUGAUUUUGUGACUUUGUGUUUCUGAAUUGCAUUUAUGAAAUAGUAGAUCGUUUA